UGCGAGCCCCGGACCAGCUCAGCAGUGAUCUUCACGAAAGCCGUCGCAGGUGCACGCCCAUACCACCUGAGGGUAACCACGGCGCAGGACAGGUAAGCCCCAGUGAACAGCUGGAUAGGCCUUGGAUUGCAGACGAUGGUGAGCUGGAGGACACCACGGACGACUCCUCAGACAGUGACAUGGGUUCCGACGGAGAGAGCGACACGAGCACCGACAUGGAGGAGUCGGACAUUCGUUUCGAAGCCGAGUGCGGCACUGACCCAGACCAAGAUAUGGACGAGUCUGCUGGUCCUGGUGAACCCGACACCACCUACGUGCUUUCUGCAGACGAAAGCUUCAUGAGUGACCGUGAACAGGUGCCACCCCAGAAGGAGCGCAAAUUUAUUGUAUUUGAGGGUUGCCUCCUGGAGCUCUUCAAAGUGUGUCGCACCUGCCUUGCCACUUGCCGCAACAACAUCGUAGUCCAGGGCACUCAAGUGAAGAUAACAAGCACCUGUGCACAGAACCACGUGGAGCGGUGGUGGAGCCAACCUCAGGUAAGUGGCAAAGCAGCAGGCAAUAUCUUGAUUUGUGCGGGAAUUCUGUUUUCAGGAGCCCCUGUUGCGACUACCCUGCGGUUGCUCAAGUCCAUCAACGUCGCAACAGUCUCGGAGCGCACCUUCCACUACUACCAGCAGGCUUACCUGCUGCCCGCUGUGAAGCAGGUGUACAAGCGGCACAACUCUGAGCUUCUAGAAGGACUCCAAGGAAAGACCAUCGACCUAGCUGGAGAUGGGCGCUGCGACUCGCCGGGGUUUAGUGCAAAAUAUUCCACUUACAGCUUCCACGAGGCGAGCACCAAAAAAGUCAUUCACAUCGAGCAGGUGCAAGUCGGUGAGGUAAGAUUUACUAACCAAAACAAAAGGCCUACUCUGCAUCACACACCCCUUUGUUUAGAAUAAUUAGAAAUCAUCCUUAUUGUCUCUUUAAGUGUGAUAUUUCUAAGAACCUUACAAUCAGACUGCAGUACGGUGACUGUUGUACUAAUGAAUGCAUACACAUUGUGAUCAGUCAGAUGAGGUGCCCUCCAGCAACGCCAUGGAAAAGGUGGCCUUCGUCCGUGGCUUCACCAAGCUCAAGAAGGAAGACUUCACCAUUGGCU